AUGGCAGAGAAGCGCCCUCGUCGCCCGUCGGACGAUCCAGGCGCCGCAGGGCAGAUGAUUGUCAAGCGCCAGAAUGUCGGAACGAGUACCGCACUGGCCCAUCGAAACGGCUCCUCGAGCGGUGCCUUGAUCCAGUCGGCCCCGCGGACGAGCAGUCUCGAUGCCCCGGUCAUGGAACUCACCGGCCACUCUGGCGAGGUCUUUGCCGCCAAAUUCGACCCGACGGGCAAUCUCGUUGCCUCGGGCUCCAUGGAUCGCAGUAUACUUCUGUGGCGAUCACACAGCGACUGCGAGAACUACGGCGUGCUCAACGGUCACCGCGGUGCCGUCCUAGAUCUGCAGUGGUCGCGGGACUCGUCCAUACUGUUCUCGGCCUCCGCCGAUAUGCAUCUUGCGAGCUGGGAUUUGACAUCGGGCCAGCGCAUACGGCGUUACAUUGGCCACGAGGAGAUCAUCAACACGCUCGACAUCACAAAGCGCGGCGAGGAGAUGCUGAUCAGCGGCAGCGACGACGGCACCAUUGGUAUCUGGGACCCGCGGACAAAGAAUGCCGCCGACUACAUUGAGACAGAGUUUCCCAUUACCGCCGUGGCAGUGGCAGAAGCCGGC